GGACGUGCGGGUGGACUGACUGUUUUGCCGGUUCCCUUCCGCUGCGCUCCGGCGGGGAGCACUUCCGUUCCGGCCCAGCCCUGUUGGCGCUGCGCGAGUCAGAGAGCGGCGGAGCGCGAGCGCGGAAGGCCGGCAGCCCGAGCGGUCUUUCCAGCUGAGCUUCCGGACGCAAUCCGCGGGAUGGAACCCCAGGCCUCAUCCAGGCUCAGUUCCAGGAAACGGAGGAAGGAAGGGGUGGGACCCAACGGGGCCGCCGAGACGGAUGGCAUCCCCCUGAAAAUGCCAAGGAGUUGCUUAGGGCUGAGGGAGCCGGCUCCGUUUUCCGAUGAGCUUGAGGUGGAUUAUAGCAAGCCAUACAUCCGGGUGACGUUUGAGGAGGCGACAAAAGGGACACCACCAGACAGGCCCGUCAGGGUUUAUGCAGAUGGCAUUUUUGACCUUUUCCAUUCCGGACACGCCCGGGCCCUGAUGCAGGCGAAAAACCUCUUCCCAAACACGUACCUCAUUGUGGGAGUCUGCAGCGACGAACUGACGCACAACUUCAAGGGCUUCACGGUGAUGAACGAAGCUGAGCGCUACGACGCCGUGCAGCACUGCCGCUACGUGGACGAGGUGGUGAGGAACGCGCCCUGGACACUCUCGCCGGAGUUCCUGGCCGAGCAUAGGAUCGACUUUGUUGCCCACGACGACAUACCUUAUUCCUCUGCCGGCAGCGACGACGUCUAUAAACAUAUAAAAGAAGCAGGCAUGUUUGCACCGACCCAGAGAACGGAAGGGAUUUCCACAUCCGACAUUAUCACCCGCAUUGUCCGGGACUAUGAUGUUUACGCUCGGCGGAACCUGCAGAGGGGCUACACGGCCAAGGAGCUCAACGUCAGCUUCAUCAACGAGAAGAAGUACCAUUUGCAGGAGCGCGUGGACAAGGUGAAGAAGAGGGUGAAGGACGUGGAAGAAAAGUCCAAGGAGUUUGUCCAGAAGGUGGAGGAGAAAAGCAUCGACCUCAUUCAGAAAUGGGAAGAGAAAUCCCGCGAGUUCAUCGGAAACUUCCUGGAGAUGUUUGGUCCAGAAGGAGCCCUGAAGCACAUGCUGAAAGAGGGCAAGGGCCGGAUGCUGCAGGCGAUCAGCCCCAAGCAGAGCCCCAGCAGCAGCCCCACGCACGACCGCUCGCCCUCCCCGUCCUUCCGCUGGCCCUUCACCGCCCGGACGCCCCCCUCCUCCCCGACCGGCCUCUCCAGGAACAAAUCGGCGGUCGCCUACGACAUCAGCGAAGACGAGGAGGACUAAGGACCCGUCUCAGAACGAAGGGGGAGCUUCUCUUUCCUCAAAAGGCUUCAUGGGACGAGUCCCGCCUCGCGAAAGGGGCCACCAGGAAACCCGUGCCAAGCGAGAGGUUGGGCCUGACCCGGAGGUCUGUCUGCCCACCCGCCCGGGCGGCCCCUUCCUCCCAUCCUCAGGGCUCCACUACCAAGGGAGCACACUGUCCUACACUGCAACCCAGUCUUCGUUCCCUGCUUCCAUUUUAUUGGUUAUUUCUUCCUCUCUCUCUCUCUCUUUGUUGGAGCAGCGGCUGAUAUUUUUGCAUCAUUUUAAUCCUUCGUAAACCAUUGGGGUUCAAGUUGAGGGGCUUAUUUGGCAAAGCAGCAGGGCAGAGGGACCAACUUCUGGGCAUACACCCCUUUAUGACCCACCCGUUGGUCCUUGCAUUGCAACUUUGCAAGCUUUCUCCAGCCAACUAGGCCUUCUAGCCUGUGUGAAGUUGGGGCAAUACAAGAAAUUUUUGUUUUCUCUCUUACAAAAGUAAAUGCAUCAUUUUAAACUUUCCAAAGCUGGUGGCAUUCAAGCUGAGGGCCUUGUUUGGUCAACCAGCUGAGCAGAGGGAGCAAUCCAUUAUCUGUCUCUCCCUUUGACCCAUCAGUCAACCCAUGUUUUGUAACUCUGCAAACUCUUCUGCCAACUAGGCCUUCCAACUUGUGUGAAAGCUGAGGCAAUGCAAGAAUUUAGGCUUCAUUAUAACGUAAAAUAAUCCAGUAGUUUGGGACUGUGGCAUUCUACAAAGCUCUGAGGAAGCAGGGAUGCUCACUUGGUGUCCUCGUGUCGCUUGUCUCAAGGGGAGGGAGAAGUGGUAGCAAUCAAAUGUCCAACCCAGCAGAGCUCCUGAGUGAUGCCUUUUCCUCCAUCUGACAAAAGAAGCAGCUUUUGUUCAUUCAUUUCCCAAACACAGGCCAAGGGGAGCAUUGUUUAAGCCACAUAUGAGGGUGAGUACUAUGAAGGAAGGUUGCCCACCUGUAUUAGAUGUAGCCCACUCCUAGGGUGGUGCUCAUGUUUUCAGCUCGGGGAAAAAUUAAGUUCCUUCCUGUAGAAGUAGGCUCUCCAACAUGGUGGUAGACUACCCAUAUCUCCCAAUUUGGUGGCCCUUCAAAGGGGUUAGAUGAUAACAUCUCCAACAUGAUGGCCCUCCAAAGGGAUUAGAGGGCCACAUCUGCAACUUAAUGGCCUACCAAAGGGGUUAGGUGACCACAUCUGCAACUUGGUGCCCUUCUUACAGUGGUAGGUGAUCACAUCUUCAACUUGGUGGCCCUCCAAAGGGGUUAGGUGACCACAUCACCAACUUGGUGGCCCUCUAAAAGGAUUAUAUUACCCAUGUCUCCAACUUCAUGACCUUCCAGAAGGGUUAGGUGACUACAUCUUCAACUUGGCCCUCCAAAGGGGUUAGGUGACCACAUCUCCAACUUGGUGGCCCUCCAAAAGAAUUAUAUUACCCACGUCUCUAACUUCGUGACCUUCCAGAGCAGUUAGGUGACCACGUCUCCAACUGAAUGGCCCUCCAAAAGGUUUAAAUUGCCCACAUCUCCAACUUGUUGGCCUUCCAGAGGUGUUAGAUGCCACAUCUUCAACUUGGUGGCCCUCCAAAGGGGUUAGAUAACCACAUCUUCAAAUUGGUGGCCCUCCAAAGUGGUUAGGUGAGCACAUCUCAAACUUGGUGGCCGUCCAAAAGGUUUAGAUAACCCACAUCUCCAACUUGGUGGCCCUCCAAAGAGGUUAGGCUACCACAUCUCCAAUCUGUGUCCUUCUAGUUGCUGGCUGGGGGAUUCUGGACAUGGUAAUCCAACCCCUUUGGAGGCCACCAAGUUGGAGAAGGAGGAUCCAUACUCAAAUGUCUUCAUUUUGUUUUGGCAACAGAAUGGUACAGACUUCGAGGCUCCUUCAAAGCAAUCUCUUCAGUGUUUUUGUGUGUUUUACUUCUGGCCAAAGCUCCAUGUCUACCAACUUUUGGAUGGACUCUCUCCAGCCUCUUUCAGAACUGUCUGUGCUGAAUGUUUCAUCUCUGAAUUGCAUUCUCCCAUCUUUGUGGGUCUUCUGUCUUCUUCCGCUGCCCUCCCGUCUUAUGGGGCAAUGAGAGGAAACUCCGUCUCAAAAUGUGUCGCCAAGUAGGGCAAAUCCAUGUGGGGAUGAUCCAUGGUCGAAUCUUGGUCUUAGGAGAACGUUCCCUCACCUUUUAGGUCCAUCCUGCGUUAGAUGCAAAGAAUCCAGGGCUUUGGAGCUAGGUGCAAAGAAACCAGAACUUUUUGGACUACAUCUCCCAGAGUCCCCUUAGCCAGGGCCCAUGCUGGCUGGGGGAUUGUGGGAGUCCCGUUCAGAAAGUACCUUUUUCCAGGCGUUGGGCUUAGCAGCGCACAAAACGAACUUCUCCUCUUUGGAGAACUGCCCGCUCUACUGGCACCGCCUCUGUUCCCGUUAACUGUUGUUAUUAAUUGUGUAAUAAACGUUGGGAUUUAACUGUC